CCUCUCUCCUCCCCCCCCCCCCAACUACCAAAAUUUCAAAUUCCCGCACUCCCUCCUCCCCCCUCGCCGCCGGCCAUGGACGCCGCCGACGAGAUGGACAUCGACGCCGCCGCCGACGAGACGGGAUCCCCGCCCUCCGCCUCGGGAUCCCUCUCCACCUUCCUCUCCGAGCUCGCCGCCCUCCACCGCCGCUCCUCCGGUACCUCCUCCUCCUCCUCCACCUCCACCUCCCCGCCCCUCUCCCUCGCCUCCCUCACCUUCCUCUCCUCGGCGGCGUCCCCCUCCUCCUCCAUCUUCCCCCGCCUCGCCGCCGCGGGCCUCCCGGCCUCCUCCCUCUCCGCCCCGCUCGCCGCCUCCCUCUCCUCCGCGCACCACCCGCUCCCCGCCGCCGUCGCCUACCUCCGCCUCCUCCUCGCCCCGGCCUCCCCUCUCCUCUCCCUCUUCUCGCCGCUCCCCUUCCUCUCCCUCCUCCUCGCCCUCCGCAAGUCGGCGUCGUCGUCCGCCGCGUCGCACGAUGCGGCGGCGGCGGCCAACCCUAGCUCCGGCUCCGGCUCCGGCUCCGGCUCCGGCAAGGGGAACCACCGGAACCGGAAGCGGAAGAGCCACCAGCAGCGUCAGUCGCCGGCGGCGGCCCCGUCGCUCCUCCCCAGGGCGCUCGCGCUCCUCGCCGACGCCGCGGGGAGGCUGCCGCUCGGGGAGCACCCGGACGCGCGGAGGUCGCUCGUCGACACCGCCGCGGAGCUCGCCGCCUUCGAUGUCCUCGUCGCCGUCCUCGGAUCUGGCUACUACGCCGAGGCGAUGCCCGAUUUGGUGCGCGCGCUGGCCCCCGUGGCGCUCUCAGGGUCCAGAUCGGCGGCGCGGGCGUCCGCGGUGGAAUUCUUGGCGAGGAAGGUUGUGCCGUUGGGUGUGGAGGGAGGGGAGGAUGGGGUGAGGAAGGCGGUGGGUUACCUACCGAGGUAUCUGGCGGCGAAGGCGCCGGAGAAGUCGGAGGCUAGGGCGAUGGCGGUGGAGGCCAUAGUCGAGGUGGUGCGAGCAAUGGGGCAAUUGGAGAUGGAGGGAUUUGCUGGGUAUGUGGUGGCUAUGGCGAAGGGGAAGGCGAAAGGGCGGCUGCUUGCUGUGGAUUUGAUCUUGGCGAUGCUGCCAUUGCUGCUGCCAUCGGAAGGGGAUGAUUGUGGUCUACAGGAGGGUUCUUGGGGGCUGAAGUUUGUCCGGGUGCUUGUGGAGAGGUGCUCGGAUACGGUGGGAGGGGUCAGGGCUCGGGCCUUGACGAACGCAGCCCAGGCGCUCGACGUUUUGUCUGAAAGAGGCAUGGAGGUUGACCGGUUGCAGGAGGUGAUGAGGAUAGGGAACAUAGGCCUUGGCGAGUUGCUGAGGCUGCGGUGCGCUGAUGAUAAGGCUGCUGUGAGGAAGGCUGCGCUUGUGCUCAUUACUAAGUCAAUCAGAUUGAUCGGGAGGCCUGUUGACGAGUCGCUACUCAGUGCUAUGGGGGCUGCGUGCUCUGAUCCGCUAGUCAGCAUACGCAAGGCAGCUCUUGCAGCCAUCUCAGAGGUGUUCAGGAACUUCCCGGAUGAGAGGGUAACAAAAGAGUGGCUUCAGGCUGUGCCACCACUGGUUAUUGAUAGUGAGACAAGUAUCCAAGAGGAAUGUGAGAAUUUGUUUCUUGAAUUGGUCCUGAACAGGGUCUGUCAAGCUGCCAAUUUGAAUCUAAAUGAUGAUUCCAAUGAUAUGGAGGAAGUGUUUCCUAAAGGGACACUGGAUUUGCUGAAAAGUAUCUGUGAUGGAGAGGUUGCACCAUGCAUAAAAAAGAUAUGUGCAAGCCUUGGGAAGAAGAAAAAGCUGAAACCACUGCUUGCAAGUUCAUUGCAGAAUAUCAUAACAAUAUCAGAGUCCUUGUGGUUGAGAGGUUGUAAACCAAUUGAGAUGUGGACUGCACCAGCCGGGGCAUGGUGGCUUCUUUCUGAGGUCUCAUCAUUUGCACCUAAAUCAGUUAACUGGAAAUUCCUCUCACACCACUGGAAACUCCUUGAUAAUGUUGGCCAAGAUAAAGGCAAAGUUCGUCCUAAAGGGGAACCAAAUUCUGCAUUAUGGGCUGUGGAUCGUGUUUCACUCUUGCAAACUAUUUCAAAUGUUUCCAUGGAGCUGCCUGUGGAACCUGCAGCAGAACUUGCACACAGCUUGCUCACACGGAUUGAAAAUUUUGACAUGAACCUUAGUGAGGUUGAUGCUCAUGUAAAAUCCCUGAAAACGUUAUGCAAACGAAAAGCAAAAACAGCUAAGGAGGGCGAAACACUGAUCCUGAAGUGGGUGCAGCAACUUAUAUGUAAAGCUGUUAACAUUCUUGAUGAAUACAUAAAGGAGACAUCAGAAGCUGCUAAGGGUCCUAAAUUUUUUACACCUUUGAGUGGAAAACUCAAGGGAAGAAAAGAUGCAUCUGCACAAAAGUCAAUGUCACAUGCAGUUAUUGCUGUAUUCACCAUUGGAUCGCUGAUCCUAGCUUGCCCCACUGCUAAUGUGCAAGGCGUCAUUCCUUCGCUGCACACAAUCAUAACAUCUGGAAACUCUCAGCCAAGACCAAAAAAUCUUGCUGGUGGGACUGUUUCUUUCAAAGAGCUAGCUCCAUCUUUAUAUAUACAGUCCUGGGAUACAAUGGCUAAAAUAUGCCUUGUGGAUGACAAACUUGCGAAAAGAUAUAUUCCACUUUUUGUUCAGGAACUUGAGAGGAGUGAUUUGGCUACCCUCCGGAAUAACAUCAUGAUUGCACUGGCAGACUUUUAUGUCCGUUAUACCGCAAUGGUUGACUGUUAUAUGUCAAAAAUAACAAAAUCGUUGCGUGAUCCCUGUGAGGUAGUGAGGAGGCAAACAUUUAUCCUACUCUCAAAGUUGCUGCAGAGGGACUAUGUAAAGUGGAGAGGUGUGCUCUUCCUUCGGUUCCUGCCAUCUUUAGUUGAUGAGUCAGAGAAGAUAAGGCAUUUGGCAGACUUCCUUUUUGGGAACAUCUUGAAAGCUAAAGCGCCACUCCUUGCAUAUAAUAGUUUCAUAGAAGCUAUCUAUGUCCUAAACAAUUGCUUGGGUAAUGGUGCGCAAACCGAAUCUCAGGGAAGGUUGGACGGAGGACCAACCCUUUUUGCAAUACGAGGCACUGACGAAAGGUCGAGGUCGAAAAGAAUGCACAUAUAUGUAUCUCUGCUGAAGCAAAUGGCACCAGAGCACCUUUUAGCUACGUCUGCCAAGUUAUGUGCCGAGAUCUUGGCAGCUGCUUGUGAUGGCUUGCUCAAUGUCGAUGAUGCCGCUGGAAGGGCUGUACUUCAGGAUGCUCUACAAAUACUGGCAUGCAAGGAGAUGCGCAUCCACCCCAACAUUUGCACGGACAAUUCCGAGAUGGAUGAGGAAUGCGGCGAUGGCGGGUCGUCCAAUGCCACUCUCCAGGCGGCGAAAGGGAGAGCCGUCACCCAGGUGGCGAAGAAGAACCUGAUCCAGAUCGCCAUCCCGAUCUUCAUCGAGCUGAAGCGCCUUCUCGAGAGCAAGAACAGCCCGCUCACCGGCUGCCUGAUGGAGUGCCUGCGGACCCUGCUCAAGGACUACAAGAACGAGUUCGACGAGAUACUGGUGGCGGACAAGCAGCUGCAGAAGGAGCUCCUCUACGACAUGCAGAAGCUCGACGUCGCCGGCAAGGGCAAGGCCAAGGCCGCAGCUGCUGCGGAGGCUGGGCCAAGCGGAGCCUCGCCGGCGGUGAACGGUGGCGGCAAGAGGGCGGCGGACGGCUCGGCGAGGGCCACGGCGAGGUCGGUGCUCAAGGAGGUGAACCGGAACACGCCGACGCCGCCGCUGAACUCGAUGAGCGUGCCCAAGGUGAGGUCCAUGCUGGGCGUCGGCUCGCGCCGGCCCGCUGUGCUGGAGUCGGUCCGGCGGCUUGAGCCGUUUGGGUCCGACGAUGAGAAUUAGCGUGCCAUAUGGCAGAAGCUUUAGGUUGGCCUGAUGGUCAGUAUUAGGCUGUGUUUAUGAUGCUAACUUUGACCGGUUUAGGAGAAAAUUACAAGCUCAGUUUCUCGCUGACGGUUUUGUACAUGGAGUAUAUAUUUAACGCAUUUUAGUGAUGUUCAGAGAGAUGAAACAAUUUUACUGUCGCAUUUUCUCCUUAGUUUGGAUGUGACAUGAAAGUAUAUAUGCUUUACACCGAA